CUUGCACAAUAUAUGAAAAUCCAGCGGUUGAGCUCCUGUAUAAGACGAGUGCCCCAUGGACAGUGACAUUUGUGCUUUCACACAUUUGUCUCCUUCACCAUGCAUGUCCUGUAUAUCGCUGCUGUCCUCAGCCUGCUCUCUCUGAGUGCAGCAGUUCCCGUACCAUGUGAAGAGCAGGUCCGGCCCCUGCUCCUGCAGGAUUUCAGUCAGAUUUCAGGAAAAUGGAUUGUCAUUGAAUCAUCAGUGGAUCGGGAGAAAGAUGUUGAACUAAAUAACACAGCGAACAGCUAUUGGAUGGAGAUUUUACAUAUUAACAAGGACAUUGCCAUCUUCAAUACGGCAAACAUGAUCAAUGGAGUAUGUAUUUAUAUAUCGUUCAAUAUUACCAUUUCAGACAACAACAUCAGAUUUACCAUGGAAAAUGUGACUCUGAAUGCCACUGCCACCUUGCUGCCAACAUGCGCUGACUGUUUGGUCAUGAAUAGGAUUUCAUACCUGGAAGGUCCAAUGAUCAAAACAAUGCACAUAUUGGGAAGACCAGGGAAAAAACUGAGUGAUUCUGAACUGGAAACAUUCAGGAACCAAGUGAAAUGCAUUGGACUUCCACCACCAAUCUUCCAUCAUGAUGAGCAGCAGGAGCUUUGUCUGGAAAAGAAGUCUGAAGAAUCUGAAAGCAAACCUGACGAAGAUAAGAGUGAUUAGUACAUAUGAGACCUCAUUGAUGAUUAAGACCUAUUCUAAAUAAAAUCUUUGAAAUAUUUGAAAA